CUGUCGCUGUGCCAAUGCGCAGUCUACGUCGUGGGAUAGGUCUUCCAAAAUCGAGGCUGCGCUCAACGCGAUCAUGCGAUUGAGUGACGAACGCGUCAUGCCUGCCCUUUCCCUCUGCUGUUGUGUGCGAUCGGUGACUCUGUGUUCCGCAAUCCCCUUCGCCUUCACCGUACCGCCCUCGAUAGCUCUGCUGUCGGCAAUCAAACUUCGAAUGAAUGGCUGUCAGUAGGAGCGAGGAGAAGCGGGGAGACAAGGAGCGGUGCCCCGUCCAGUAAAAACGCUCUGCAUCGACUAACAGGCGCCGUGGAAGACACACCAUGGCCCAGACCCUUCAGAUGGCAAUCCCAAAUUUCGGCAACAACAUCCUUGAGUGUCUGAAUGAGCAGAGGCUGCAGGGUCUCUACUGCGAUGUCUCCGUGGUCGUCAAGGGCCACAACUUUAAGGCCCAUCGCGCUGUGCUGGCAGCCAGCAGCUCUUAUUUCCGGGACCUUUUCAGCAGCAGCAGCAGCAGUUGCGGCGGAGGCGGUGGUGGCGGUGGUGGUGGUGGCGGCGGCAGUGAUGGUGGAGAUAACGAGGGUGUCCAGAGCCCCCUGGUGGUGGAGUUGCCCCCUGCGGUGCAGCCCCAGAGUUUCCAGCAGAUCCUGGCCUUCUGCUACACGGGCCGCCUCAGCAUGACCGUGGGGGACCAGUUCUUGCUCAUGUACACGGCGGGCUUCCUCCAGAUCCAGCAGAUCAUGGAAAAGGGCACAGAGUUCUUCCUUAAGGUGUCGUCCCCCAGCUGUGACUCCCAGGGCCUCCAUCCGGAGGAGGCCCCGUCCUCGGAGCCCCAGAGCCCCGUCACGCAGACGAGCCGCCCCGCCCCCUGCGUCACGCCCCUUUCCCGGGUGAAGACGGAGCAGGCGUCGGGCCAGCCGGAGGCGUCGGCCCACUCGGUGGUGUGCUCGCCGGUGGCCAAGCGGCUGUGGGAGGGGGGCAGCAGCCGAGACGGGGGCUCGGGGGGCGGCGGCGGCGGCGGGGGCUCGAGGAAGGCCGCUCGCUUCUCGCAGCAGGAGGCCAUGCGGGGCAGCGCCAUUCAGAGCCCCCCCGCCGGUCUGGGCGUCGCCAUGGGAAUGGGCCCCUCUGUGGGAGGCGCGCUGGCUUCCAUGGUGACGGGCGGUGGGAUGGGCAACAACGGCAACGGUGGCGUCGGGCCAAAUGGGAGCUGCGUGGCGGUGGGGGCGGGGCUUGGCCUGACGGACGGCGCCAGCCCCGGCACGGUGAGCGCCUACGCCAGCGACUCCCCCGUCAGCUACCACGAGGAGGAGGAGGAGGAGGAGGGGGCCGACGAAAGCGCCGAAGAGCAGUACAGGCAGAUCUGCAACAUGUACACCAUGUACAGUAUGCUGAACGUGGGCGUUGCAGCUGCAGGCGAGCGGGUGGAGGCCCUUCCGGACCACACGGAGACACGAGGGCGGAUGCGGGGCCGAGACCUCACCUGUCUGCCCACCGAACUCAUCGCUCAGAUAGGGAACCGCUGCCACCCCAAGCUGUAUGAGGAGGGCGACCCAGCUGAGAAGCUGGAGCUAGUCUCAGGCACCUCUGUGUUCAUAUCGCGGGCCCAGCUGAUGAACUGUCACGUGAGCGCGGGGACCCGACACAAGGUGCUUCUCCGGAGGCUGCUUGCCGCCUUCUUCGACAGGAACACGCUGGCCAACAGCUGUGGAACUGGCAUCCGUUCAUCCACCAAUGACCCAAGCCGCAAACCGCUGGACAACAGAGUCCUGCAUGCAGUUAAGUAUUACUGCCAGAACUUCGCCACCAGCUUCAAGGAGAGCGAGAUGAACGCCAUUGCGGCGGACAUGUGCACCAACGCCCGCCGCGUGGUGAGGAAAAGCUGGAUCCCCAAGCUCAAGCUGCUGAUGGCCGAGAGCGACGCCUACUCUGCCUUCCUCGCCGACGGUGUCAAGAUGGAGGACGACCACCUGGGCGGCGACCCCGCCUUUGACCCCGCCGUACCACUGGAGGUUGGCGGCGGCGGAGGAGGGGGGGUGGAGUCAGGGGGCUCCCCUGGGGAGUCGUCGUUACAGAGCUUGGGCGGGGAAGGUGGGGGUGCGCUGUUCUGAGUGUUUUUGCCUCCGUAGUUUCCCGUGGACGCUUGACAACAUCAAGCAAUAUUCCACCAUAUUUUGCUAGCUCUUUCCUCUUACUGGCCCCUCCCUUACCCACUGCUCCUCCAUGGCCUCCGCAACUGGGCUUUUCCCGCCAAAAACUGACUGUGCUAACAUCGCUGCAUCUGGGGACAAGAACAGGCGGUCUUGUUCUCCAAAUGCCACAGGAAGAUAAUACAAAAUUCUGAUCCCGCUGAUCCCAAACAUGCAGUCCGUCGAGGGGCAAAGGAGAUUGGGAGCCUAGGCCACUCGCCUCUUCCUCCGAUGGACGCCGACGUCACCCCGCGUCUCGAUCAUCUGUACACUCCUGCAUAUAAAUAAAUAGCAUUCCUUUGAUGGAUGAGCGUGUGCUCGCGUGUACCUCUGUCCUGCGGUUGGACAUGGUUGGAGGGAUAAUAGAUAGAACUAACAGUGGGUAAAAAGAGUAUUAACUUGCUUGUGGUUUUCCCCUAGUUUCUUUUAUCCUUUCUAAUUUUAUAACAAAAAAAAAAAACAACGCCAAAUAUUCUUCCUGAUCGCUAUUACUUUUCAAAUCUUACCCGAAGAAAUCAAUCAAUGAAUGUUUGACGUGUUGCACAUUUAAAGUUGGCCAUGUUUGAAGCAAUGAAACGAUAUGAGGGGUGAAGAGUGUGCUUGUGUAUGUGCGUGAGUAAAAGACAAAAAUGAGGCAGUGUAAUUGUAGACCCCUUCCAAGAAGAUUUUUGGUUUAGUCCUAUUUUAAGGAGAUACAAUCUAUUUAUUUAGUGCAAAGCCAUACACUGUGUGUGUGUGCGCCGAAAGAGAGGGGAUUGUUUAAAAUCUCAACUGAUGCAUUUUAAUCAUGUGUUAAAUUUUCGGUUUUAAAAGUGGUGUCGUUGAAAAGCAAAGAUAUAUUUUCAUUAACAAUGUGGCAUAAUUGUUAGAGAGGGAGAGAGAGAGAGAGAGAGAGUUUUGACUGUUAUCUUUCACCUACAAUUAAAUUACUGUAUUAUUUUGUUAAGUUAGCUAAAGCAUUUGACACCAAUAGUUUCUUAAAUAUAUACAUAUAAAAAAUGUCAGUAUUAGGCUGGUUGGCUGACUUUGCCAUCCCCAAAGUUGUAAUCAAUUAUUGAUUAAAGGAAACUAUACAACUCCCAAUUAUACAAUACUUUCUUUGGAAAAAGUAUUGUGCUUUGUAAUUUAAAUUGCAACACAAAUGCUAGAAGAAUAGAGUGAAGUCAAGAAGUUAUGCGAUCAUUCCCCCCACCACCACUCAAUAUAAGGAAAAUGGAAAAAUGUGGUUGUUUUGUGUGUGUGUGUGUGUGUGUGUGUGUGUGUGUGUGUGUGUGUGUGUGUGUGUGUGUGUGUGUGUGUGUGUGUGUGUGUGUGUGUGUGUGUGUGUGUGUGUGUGUGUGUGUGUGUGUGUGUGUGUGUGUGUGUCUGCAUCACCAUGAUGUAACGCCUUGUCCUUAAAGGGCUGGGGUUUUGGAUGUUGUGUUUGUGUGUGUAUGUGUGUGUGUUGUGUGUCUGCUUAACACCUUGUCCUCAAAGAGGUGGGGGUUUUCGUAUCCCGUUGAAGCUUGCUGCCGAGCUCGACUGGACAGUGCACUUUUACUUUAUUUUGUAUAGUUAGAGAGGAGGAGAACCUGCACCUUAGUUAGAUGAACAGGCACACCAUUUACUGACGAGGCUGGGGAAGCUGUGUGGAGAGAGACACGUUUUAUUUUAUUUUAUUUUUUAUUAUUCUGCCUGCUGUUUUGUGUGUGUGUGUGUGUGUGUUAGAGUGCAUGUUUUUGUUGAGUUCUAACCUAGCUCUGUAAGACACUCGGCACAAACUUCCAAUGCAAUAAAUGCAGAGGGCCACAACGUGCGUGUGAUAGUUAUUCGUGUGCCGCAUAUCCUCUUUUGUAAUAUUGAUUUUAUUAUUUGAAGGGUUAUGACGAAACAUCAAGUUAGCAAUGUGUAAUAUUGUGUGAAACUUUGUCUGUGGGAAAUUGAUGAUAUAUGUUGUGUACUGUAGCACACCAGGGUAAUGAAAAGGUCCAGGUCCCGUUCAGAAUUAUUUUGGCAGGUUAUUAAAAUUAAUAAUAAAAAAAGACUUACUUGGUUGAGACAUUAUCAGUGUUGAGCGGACUGAGAUGCAUUUUUUUUUUAACAUUUGUUUGUCAUCAUUUUACUAUUAUUUUUUUCUAUUUACUUAGUAAUAUGUACAAAUAUUUCCUCUGCUAAUGGCCUAUAAAGAUGAGAGAAGAAAACUGACGUUGUGGUGUAAUAGAAAAGUUAACUUGAUUCAACACAAAAUAGAAAACGUAAGUAAUAUUUUACUUUAUUUGAAGUAAGUGAAAAAGUAGUACUACUUUGCCUCUUACUCACAAGAUAGUUGAUAUUUAGUCGACGAUGUUGCACUUAAAAGCAACUGCCAUGAUACAAUUAAGAGCUUUUACGAUUGGUUGCCUGUAAAUUACUUUAUGUGAAUUGUUGACAUUGUUUCAGUUUAUGUAUUUUAUUUUUCUAUGCAUUUUAUUUUCAACAUCUAAAGGGCCCACCUCUGUAAGAGGUCAACCCAUGCACAGCAUGUACAAAUGGUGCCAACUAGGAUGAUUCAACAAGAAGCCCCAUGUCACUACCACAUAUUACAACAUACAUUCUACUACUUGGUUUAAAACCUUUCAUGAAAACUUGACCCAUUAAAACCCAUCCUGUGCCCUGUGAUGUAUGCAGUGUUUCACAAUCCUUUGGAAAAUAUCUUUACUGAUGGCCAAGGUGAAUUCAGAAGGCUGAUCUUUAACUUAAGUCCAUAAUCAUGUCCAACAAGACCAGACCUGGUUAGAUGUAAUCUUGCUAAUUUGUAAACGCAUUUGCUUUUGGGGUGAAACAAGAGGUGGCCUAAACACUAACCAAAUUGUAGUUUGUGCACACAUUCCUCUCUGUGUGUUAAGAGAAAACAACCUACAUUAAAUAAAAUGUAUGGCAUGGCAUGGGGAAACUUUUUCACUAUAUGGUACAUAUAUAAAUAUCAUAUAUACAUGUAUAGGUAAAUACUGUAUAUUGUAUAUAAAGUCCACAUGGAGAUCAGAAUGUUUGUUGUGAUAUCACAGCAUGAGGUAUAUAUAUUUACCAAGAUACUGCCUUUACAUUAAUGGCUGUCUUCGCCCCUGCUCAUUGGUCUCUGUAACCCUGUAGCUCCUGUGCAACUCCCAUAAUGCACAUUCUCUUUCUGUGUUCCAAGUGCCAAUAUCUUUGUGAAACCCCUGUAACUGUGACACAAACUUAACGUAAUUGCACAUUAACUAAUGUUAAAUAAACAAAUGAAAGUCAUAGACUAACUUUAAACACAAAUAAAUGAAAUGAAAACAUGUUAAUAAAAAAAAGGUUUGUAACAAUUUC